AUGGAGAAUUUUGCGUCUCACCAUGGCCAGUUGCACUCUGCUGUGACCAGGAUCCAAGUUCAAAGACCUGGUUUCAAUUACACGUUUGCCCAUAUAUGUAUCCUGAACAAUGACAAGACAUGCAUAGUGGACGACAUAGUGCAUGUACUGGAGGAAUUAAAGGCCGCUCGUUCUUCUAAUCGAACUAAUUUUGCAAUCACUUACCCGAUUACUCACUUAAAGGAUGGCAGGGAAGUGUAUAAUGGGCAUCAGCUUGGUGGGGUUACUGUGCACAGCAAAGACCGGGUGAAGUCUGCAGAAGCCAUUCAGCUCACCUACUACUUGCAGGCAAUCAACUCCUUGAAUGACAUGGUGGCAGAAAAGUGGGAAUCCAUUUUUUGUGACACUGUUGAACUUUUCCAGAAAUCCAACAGGAAAGUGAAAAUGUACCCUUUCACUUCUUCUUCGCUGAAGGAGGAUUUCCAGAAGACAAGCAGGGUGUCAGAACGCUACCUGAUCACAAGCUUGGUCCUUGUGGUCACCUUGGCCAUUCUCUGCUGCUCCAUGCAGGAUUGUGUCCGCAGCAAACCCUGGCUUGGCCUGCUGGGAUUGCUGACCGUGACCCUUGCCACCCUGACUGCCGCUGGGAUCAUCAAUCUCACCGGCGGGAAAUACAAUUCCACCUUCCUGGGAAUCCCCUUCGUCAUGUUAGGUCAUGGGUUGUAUGGGACUUUUGAAAUGUUGUCCUCCUGGAGAAAAACUAGAGAAGACCAACACGUUAAAGAGAGGACUGCAGCCGUAUUUGCAGACUCCAUGCUCUCGUUUUCUCUCACCACUGCCAUGUACCUGGUCACUUUUGGAAUAGGUGCCAGCCCCUUCACUAACAUUGAAGCAGCCAGGAUUUUCUGCUGCAAUUCCUGUAUUGCAAUUUUCUUCAACUACCUCUAUGUACUCUCCUUUUAUGGUUCCAGCCUGGUGUUUACUGGCUACAUCGAAAACAACUACCAGCAUAGUAUCUUCUGCAGAAAGGUACCAAAGCCAGAGGUAUUGCAAGAGAAGCCUGCAUGGUAUAGGUUUCUUCUGACAGCCAAAUUCAGCGAGGACACGGCAGAUUCAGAGGAAACGAACACUUACGAGAGUCAUCUUUUGGUGUGGUUCCUUAAACGCUAUUAUUGUGACUGGAUAACAAACACUUACGUGAAGCCUUUUGUAGUUCUCUUUUACCUUGUUUAUAUUUCCUUUGCCUUAAUGGGCUACCUGCAGGUCAGUGAAGGGUCAGACCUGAGCAACAUCGUAGCGACCGCGACACGGACCAUUGAGUAUACGACUGCCCAGCAGAAGUAUUUCAGUAACUAUAGCCCGGUGAUUGGGUUCUACAUCUACGAGUCGAUCGAGUACUGGAACACCAGUGUCCAGGAGGACGUGCUGGAGUAUACCAAGGGCUUUGUGAGGAUAUCUUGGUUUGAAAGCUACUUAAAUUACCUGAGGAAACUCAACAUAUCUACUGGAUUGCCCAAGAAAAACUUCACUGAUAUGUUGAGGAACUCCUUCCUGAAGGCCCCUCAGUUUGCCCAUUUUUCAGAGGAUAUCAUCUUUUCCAAGAAAUACAACAACGAAGUCGAUGUCGUGGCCUCCAGGAUGUUCUUGGUGGCCAAGACAAUGGAGACCAAGAGGGAAGAACUUUAUGACCUCCUGGAGACCCUGCGGAAGCUCUCUCUCACCUCCAAGGUGAAAUUCAUUGUUUUCAAUCCAUCGUUUGUGUAUAUGGAUCGUUACGCCUCUUCGGUGGGAGCCCCCUUACAAAACUCCUGCAUUAGUGCUUUAUUUCUGCUCUUCUUCUCUGCAUUCCUGGUGGCAGACUCUCUGAUCAAUGUCUGGCUCACUCUAACUGUUGCCUCAGUUGAGUUUGGAGUUAUAGGUUUUAUGACCUUGUGGAAAGUGGAACUAGAUUGUAUUUCUGUGUUGUGCUUAAUUUACGGAAUUAAUUAUACAAUUGACAACUGUGCUCCACUGUUAUCAACCUUUGUCCUGGGCAAAGAGUUCACAAGAACUAAAUGGGUAAAAAAUGCCCUGGAAGUACAUGGGGUAGCUAUUUUGCAGAGCUACCUCUGCUAUAUCGUUGGUCUGAUUCCUCUUGCAGCUGUGCCUUCAAAUCUGACCCGUACACUGUUCAGGUGCUUGUUUUUAAUAGCAUUAGUCACCUUCUUUCACUGCUUUGCCAUUUUACCUGUGAUACUGACUUUCCUGCCACCGUCCAAGAAGAAGAGGAAAGAGAAGAAGAAUCCUGAAAACCGUGAGGAAAUAGAGUGUGUUGAAAUGGUGGAUAUGGAUAGCACCCGAGUGGUUGACCAAAUUACAACAGUCUAACUUGUUUGUUUGUUGCUUUUUUACACUAGGUCUUACUGAGGGGAAAAA